UCAGAACAGCAAAGUCUCCAUUUUGUCAGCAGCAGUCUUAAAAUGGUUGAAAAUGAAAGCGACUGGCAGAGGCAGGGAUAGGAUUUAAUUUUUAGUUCGUAAACAGUUUUUUUUUUUUUUUUUUUUCACUACAAGCACUUUAUGGACCCGGCUCCGGUUUAAAUGGCCGAAGGAAGACCACAACAGCGGGGAGAUGGAUAUUAAAACAGCGUUUUUCAAUGCUGCCAGAGAUGGGAAGCUGAAACUUAUUCAGAAGUUAGUCAGCAACAAAAGUAUAGAGGAGUUGGAAGCCCUGGCCGGGGAAAAGACCCAAGGAGGCACCCCGCUUUUAAUAGCGUCCAGAAACGGGCACCUGGAGGUGGUGGAGUAUUUGCUGCAGCACUGCAGGGCCGAUGUGGAACUGGGCGGUUCUGUAAACUUUGAUGGGGAGACUAUAGAAGGGGCGCCACCUCUGUGGGCUGCCUCUGCGGCUGGUCACCUGCAUGUCGUCCGCGGCUUGUUGAAAAACGGGGCGUCUGUCAACAACACCACCCUGACCAACUCCACCCCGCUGCGGGCCGCUUGCUUCGACGGGCACCUGGAGAUCGUCAGGUACCUGGUCGAGCACAGGGCAGACAUGGAGGUGGCCAACCGGCACGGCCACACCUGCCUGAUGAUCUCCUGCUACAAGGGCCACAAGGAGAUCGCCAAGUACCUGCUGGAGAAGGGGGCCGACGUGAACCGCAAGAGCGUGAAGGGCAACACCGCCCUCCACGACUGCGCCGAGUCCGGCAGCCUGGACAUCAUGAAGAUGCUGCUCAAGGGCAACGCCAAGAUGGAGAAGGACGGUUACAGGAUGACCCCUCUGCUGGCCGCCAGCGUCACGGGCCACACCAACAUCGUGGAGUAUCUCAUCCACCAGCCCAGGACCUCCAGAGAGGAGCGGAUCGACGCCCUGGAGCUGCUUGGUGCCACUUUCGUGGACAAGAAGAGGGACUUGCUUGGGGCCAUGAAGUACUGGAAGAGGGCCAUGGAGAUGAGGCACAGUGACAAAGGCAGCGUUGUUCACAAGCCCGAGCCGGGGCAGCUGGUGCUGGCGUAUGAUUACUCCAGGGAGGUGACAUCCAGCGAAGAGCUCGAGUCUUUGAUCACAGACCCGGAUGAGAUGCGCAUGCAGGCCCUGCUGAUCCGGGAGCGCAUCCUGGGGCCCUCCCACCCGGACACCUCCUACUACAUUCGCUACCGAGGGGCCGUGUACGCAGACUCGGGGAACUUCGAGCGCUGCAUCAACCUCUGGAAGUACGCCCUGGACAUGCAGCAGAGCAACCUGGACCCACUCAGCCCCAUGACUGCGAGCAGCUUCCUCUCCUUCGCUGAGCUCUUCUCCUUCGUCCUGCAGGACCGCGCCAAGGGCACCCUGGCCACCAAAGUGACCUUCAACGACCUGAUGGGCAUCCUGUGCAAGAGCGUGCGGGAGGUGGAGCGGGCCGUCUGCCAGCGGGAGAACCCUCCGGAGGUGACCCAGUUCACCAAGGCUCUCUCCAUCAUCCUGCACCUCAUCUUCCUGCUGGGCAAGGUGGACUGCAGCCCGGAGCAGGAACACCUCAAGAAGCAGACCAUCUACCGGCUUCUGAAGCUCAACCCCAGGGGAAGGAACGGCUACACCCCCUUGCACCUGGCCGUGGAUAAGGAGACCACCACCGUGGGCCGCUACCCCGUGGGCAAGUUCCCCUCGCUGCAGGUGGCCCUGGUCCUUUUCGAGUGUGGCGCCGACGUGGACUCGCGGGAUUACGACAACAACACCCCUCUGCACGUGUCCGCCAUGAACGGCAGCAUCGAAAUCAUGAGCGUGCUCAUCGAGGCCGGCGCCCAUUUCGACGCCACCAACUCCCAGCGCAAGACCGCCUGCGACCUGCUGGACGAGAAGGCCACCACCAAGAACUUGAUGCACCCCUUAAACCACGUCACCCUCCAGUGCCUUGCUGCCAGAGCCAUUGAAAAGCACAAACUGCCUUACAAGGGCCUGAUCCCGGAAGAGAUGGAGGCCUUUAUUGAGCUACAUUAACCUUUCGCUUGUGCUGCCAACGCUGUUGCAUUUUAGAAUUGUAGGGGCUGCUGAGAAAUAUUUGAACUGUGUCAGCCUGAGGGGCUACAACUUUUAACUCUUGUUUUGUUUUUAAACUGUUGGUGGCAUGGAGAGACGGGAGGUGGGCAUAUUGGCCAAGAGCCUGCAUGAGGCUUGACAACAGCUUCUGAUCUCCUUGUUUAUUUUUUUUUAAUUUGUUAAUUUUAUUUGAAGCACUUUUAAGUUCUAGUACUUUGUUUUUCAUCUAAAGUACAGAAAUCGCUAGGUAACCAUUGAGUCUCUUGUUUAAACAUGUCAAUUAGAAAUAAGGUGCCUGAAUAAAAUUCAGUGAUUAUAA